CUUUUCGCAGUCUCCAACCCCUCCCACUUUGAAACGACAUCGCUCGCCAUCGUCCUCGACUAUGGGAAGCCCAGCGCCUGCCCAGUAUCCACCGCUUCCCCAGCUCAAUGGAAACGUUAUCCUCGACGUUUUCACUCAUAGGUCUCUCAUCUUUCCCGGCGCGCCCCUCGACCAAGACUCCGAGUACGGCGGCGGCGAAAGGCUCGCUGUGCUCGGAGAGAAGGCGGCGGAGGUUGCCGUCACUGAGACCUUGUUCAGGAAGAGGCCGAUGUUGAAGGGCGUCGACAUUGAGAAACAAAGGAAAGAUAUUUUGAUGCCCAAGAACGUACAGACAUGGACUACCGUGUACAAGCUGCGCGACAAGCUGCGGUGCAGUCCUGAAGCAGUUCCAGGCCUGAACGACCCAGACGAAAUGGCUCUGCUCUUCAAUACCUACGUUGGCGCGGUAUACGCUACCCUCGGCAUGUUGGUCGUCCAGAACUGGAUCGGUUGUCUCGUGGACCCUGAUUAUGUCCCGUCUUCACAACUUGAUAUGGACAUGGAUCUACUGCACAACGCUAAGAAACUCAAGAUCGAGCCCCCCCAGCAACAGCAGUCUCCUUUCAACGCUACAUUCAGUGCCAUGCCGGAGCCGAUGAUGCCCCCUCCGCCUCAACCUCCGCCGCCUGCUGGCCCUCCUCCUCCCCUACCUAGCAUGCCCAGUGCGCUCGGCAUUUCUAACCCUCUCGCACCGGCUCAGCCUCAAACCGCCUUUCUGCCUCUCUUCAACCAGACUGCGAAUCAGCGGAGAAUGUUUGUGGAGUACCCCGCAGCAUUCUCCGGUCCUGCGCAUGCUGGUAAAUGGACCGUCAAGUGUGUAGUCAAUGGUAUAGAGAAGGGGACUGGUUCCGGAGCCAGCAAGCAGCUUGCUAAGGAAGAAGCUGCCAGGCAGGCAUAUUUCGCUAUGGGCUGGGCUCCGCGCUCGUAACAUCACUAUUGCAUGGAUUAUUGGAAUUGGAUGCCAUACUACCCAUGUAAGCUAGCUGCACUGGCGGUUAUCAUUGCAGCCCAGGCUGUAGUGGGGAUCAUCAGGCCAAUGAGUCAGCUUGCGAUCUCGUGAAUGGCUCGAUGGCUAGAUUACAAUGGUAAUUCCGCCUCCAAUGAGCGGUAAAUGAGCGUGAGGCCCUCGCCUCCCUUGGCAAUGCUCCAGGAGAAUGCCAGCGUGCAGGGAAGGGUCUCACUUUCACUUACGGAAUGUUGGGCAGGGCUCUCCGAGCUGGGACUGGCGGUGUCUACUGUCCAUUACUGGCGUGAUUCGGAUGAGCACGGAGCCCUGCGACGUGAGAGGAUCGAAUCGUCGCAGCGCUACCUUUCACUUUGCGAUCCUGAUAAAUCUCUUGGUGUCGUGAUGUUACAUCAUCUUAUGUGAGUGUCGCUAAUACUCGAGCACCAUCCCAUAAACUCCUCGCAUGAUUUCGCUGUACUCGUCAAUUGCAAUCAGGGAAUCCUCUGCAUGCUUCCCAUCUUCCCAUACUGCGGCCUUUUUUUUAAA